UUCCGAUCCUCACACCUCUUUAUCGGUCUCCCUCCUAACGACAUUGCAUUCCCUUCUUGCAUGUUCGUUGACCCAUUCAAUGACAAUAGCUACCAAUAUGAAGGUCCGAAAACCGCGAGAUAGAUUCUGUGCCUCGAGUGGGAGAGUCACCGCCGGCCUCCUGCUAUCCUUCCUCGCCCUUGGAAAUCCCAGUGCUGCCGGCAGCGCCCCCGCCGCCAUCGAUCCUUGGAAUCCUCUACCCGUACCCCGACAAAACAGUCACGACUUUACUCUGAGACACAUCUUUCACCGAGGAACGUAUCGAGACCCCGAAUUACAUAAACGCUAUGAUUUUCGACCACAGGCUCCCGUCUUGGUGACGACCGACGAUGAAUCGCUUGCAUCCAUCGAGGCCCCGCCUCACUUCCAGGCUCGUUCGCAGCCAGAGCAGAUUGAAAGAUUGGUUGAUAGGCAGCCAAAUCGCAUCGAAGAACACCUAAGGCAUGCUCGACUUUCGGGAACGCCAGCAGUGCUGGGCGCAUCGGAAUGGACAAUGGACGAAGUCAAGGGUCCCAACAUCUCGGACAAAGACACCGUCCUCAACCUUGCCAUCAUGGCAGCCGAUGCGUAUGCUCCUGUCCCCGGCGAGGGAGACUGGCAAGACGUGUCGCAAGGAUAUAAUCGGUCAAAGGGAUUUGGCUGGGACGGGGAUGGCCUGAGAGGUCACAUUUUCGCUGAUGAAGGCAAUGAAACUGUGGUAAUCAGUUUGAAGGGAACGUCUCCUGCCGUGUUCGACGGAGAUGGAACAACCACAAGUGACAAGCUCAACGAUAACCUCUUUUUCAGCUGCUGUUGUGCGCAGGGAGGCCAGUAUUUCUGGCGGCAAGUUUGUGACUGUUACAGCAGCACCUACACGUGCAACCAAACGUGCCUCGUCAAGGCGUUGCGGCAGGAAAAUCGAUACUACCGAGCCGCCAUUGAUCUCUACACCAAUGUCACUGAACUAUACCCCGACUCGAAUGUCUGGCUCGUUGGCCAUUCCCUCGGCGGGGCGGUGACCAGUCUGCUCGGCCUCACUUUUGGACUCCCGACUGUGACAUUCGAAGCACCUGGCGAGGACCUCGCAGCCAAACGUCUUGGUCUGCCUGCGCCUCCUUCCUCAGAUCCUCAUCGGCCGCGUACCAAAUAUACUGGAGCUUAUCACUUCGGAAACACGGCCGAUCCUGUGUUCAUGGGUACUUGCAACGGACCCACGGCUACCUGCACGCUAGGAGGCUACGCCAUGGAAUCUCAAUGCCACACGGGAAAGCAAUGCGUCUAUGAUACGGUGGCAGAUUACGGCUGGCGUGUAGGAAUUGGCAACCACAAGAUUCGCAGUGUCAUUGAAAACGUGCUCAAAGUAUAUCCAACCGUGCCCGAGUGUGCCCCUGAUGAUGAAUGUGUCGAUUGCUACAACUGGAAAUUCUUUGAGAGCAACGGAUCAGACACGACGACUACCGCAAUUACCAGCACUAGCACCUCGUCCACGCGCACACGGACAACGACUUGCAAGACGCCGGGCUGGUGGGGAUGUUUGGACGAGACUUCAACCACAGGCACAACCACUUCCCCUGUGGUUACGACCACCUACACCACCACCAGCUGUAUCACUCCAGGCUGGUUUGGAUGCAAGGAGUCGGUUAACGUCACCGUCACUACCACCACGGAGGCACCCACGAGUACCUCCUCAUCCUCCCCCGCUACCGUCACACCGUCGUCCUCGGCGUGUGAGCAUCCAGGCUGGUUUGGCUGUCGUGAUCCUACUACUACUGGGACUGCAUAUCCGUCUCCGACAUCCUCGCAAACCAGUGCGAGAAAGACCGCGGAGCCGCAUACGUGUGAAACUCCUGGAUUGUUUUUCGGCUGCCGUGAUGAUCACCGCUGGCAUUCGCAAACUGAAUCUCCAAUCACACGGUCACCCAGCCUUAGCACCACUAGUGCCUUGCCAAGCAGCACCCAGGUCGACGGUGGCGGUAGAAGACACAGGAAGUGCAAGCACCGUGCUUUCUUUGGGCUGAUCUGUCUGGACAGCUCUGAGGAUGUGGACUUCCAGGCGGAGCCGGAGGAAUUGUGAACAUGAGAGAUACAUACGGAUGAGUUACGAAACAAUGGGUACAUGAGUGCAUAUAAGCGAAAUGCAGCGGGCUAACGAGUGGGAUCUGGGGGUUCAGAGGAUUCGGAGCAUUGGAUUGCGGUUUGUUUUCAUUUCAACUACUAAGGACAUAUGGUAUCCUGUCUGGGGCGUUUUGGAUUCUCCGGCGCAAUGGGGUUCAGGAACGCAGUGGUAGGGUGGGUUGGCAUCUCGGUCUAUUUACAUGUACUGAGGUAGUCGACGAAGUUGAUAACUCAAACAUGAUACGAUCAGCUUCUUUGGAUUGUACUUGGAAAGAUCGCAACUAGUAGAUCAAACACUCCAUGUGAAGAUAGCGUUUUGAGCAUGAUUACAAAGAAAAUACAACAGGAGAUGGUGCCCGACCUAAAGAGCAGACCAAGCAUUGGCAAUGCAACCAAGUACUAGUAUCACAUCAUCCCCGCCGUUUCAGGUGAUUUUGACAUCGAACAUCAAGUUGAACACCAUGCCUCACAAUCACAAGCCCAGAGGAUUAUCUCCGUCCUGUUUCUUGCCCCCGAUCGAGCCGAUGGAAUCAGUCCCGCUUUUGGCAGUGUCGCCCACGGCCUUGGUCGUGUUUCCGAGCUGUUGUUCAGAAUCGAUUAUCAGUUUGCUGGAGUUCCAAGUGCAGAAUAGCACAGGUUGGGUUGUGUGAGAAUACGAAUGGGUCAGGGUGCUUACACCUUCAGUGGCACCGCCGACGGUCUUGCCUACGCCUGAGCCCACGCCCGAGACGGUGUUGCCGACGGUUUCCUGCGCGGAUCGCAUCAGCAUUGGGUCUCAAGAGGGAGAAAAGGGAGAAGAAGGGGAGGGAAGCGAGAGAGAGAGGGGGAGAAACACACAGUCAAGCCUCCGACAGUGUUGCCGACGGUGUCGGUCAGUCCGGUGAGGAUGCCGCCGGGACCUGUGUAGAGGGUCAGUCAGUCGGUCAAUAAAUCGUGUCGGCGACGAUGAUCAUCAACGUCGCUCUCAGCAUAUUAUGGUCCCGAGGCCCGGGUGGGAAGGUGGGUUUGUCAAGCAAGCAGAAACUGGGCAUUCUGGUCUCGCAUGCUGUUGUUGCGAAGGGAAGGGAGCGUAGAAUUGUUGAUCCAAAAACAUGCAGCACUGCAGUCUCCCGGGAACGGUUCGACAGACUCACCACCUUGUUUUUUCUGUUGUUCCUCAGCCAUGAUGAUUGAUUUCGACUAGUUCCCGUUAGAGUAGUAUGUGCCUUGUUCGGGUAGAUCACAGUUGUGUUGGAUCGUCACACCAAGUCGGUUGGUCUUGUCAGUCAGUCAAUAGAAAGAAUGUCAAGGUCCUCUUGCGGCCAGUAUUUAGAGACUCAAGUCUAUUUGUACCCUACAAUACUCUAUAGCUAGUUCCACAGGUGCAGUACACUGCAGCGGGGAUGCAAAACCAUGGAAUCAUCAUCAUUCACGCCGCCCGCGCUGUGGCUUGACGUCAACACCAAAACACCGCAUUACAUGCCGUGCCGCUGAUGCUGACCCCUCAGCUUCAUCAUACUGCGGCAGAUGUUGGAUGGAGUCAAGAGCUUGAAGGACCAAGAGAUGGCCGGGGAAGACUGGGACUGGCAUCGGGCCUCACUGAGUCGCAAGGAAGAACCUGGAAUUCGUGGGUCACGGCCACAGUGGCUUACGAAGAGUCGUAAAGCGAGUGGCUGCAGAUGGGAUCAGCGUCCGGGAUCCUCCCUGCCCAGAUGGGUGGCUAGCGGCAGUCUGGAUCAUCACAUCUUAAACGAUCCGAGUCCGCUGACAAGGCGUGAGCAAGGUGUGAAACUGCAGUGGUCCGUUCAAACCGUCGUCGACAUAUCAAUCCAUAACGUUGAUCUACAGUUGGCUGCUGCGGUCCUGGUGCAAAGGACAACAAGAGCCUGAUCCUGGCACAAGUGACGUGGUGAUCUAGCGCACUAUCAUGACCACUGGACCUCAGGUUUGCUGUCGAACUGCUCACAACAGAGUUCACUGUGGUAAUAACAGUAUCUCGACAUGUAGCAUGGCAAGUGAAAUGCCCAUCCAAGUCAACUGACGAGAACUCCGAGUCUAUCCCCCCGUGACUAUCCCAGACUCAUGGCCACAUCUUCCUGCACGCUAAACGGCCGAUGGCCAUG